UGGUGUGCAUUCCUUAUUUGCAUCAUCUGCCACCGCGAUUGUGUGGACAGCUUCUCCCUAAAGGCUAUAUCAUCGCUUUCUGUUGAGUUUUACUGUUGUGUGUUCUGUGAAAUCCCAUCAGACUGGUGAUGGUGAUAUGUUAUAAAAUGAUCCACGUCCGAUCAAGAACCAGCACCAAGCUUCGUGAUGGAGAAAUAGGACAUGCUCGAUGAAAAACAUGCCUAAGUAGAGGAACACAUGUUCUGGGAAUUGAUGGGUAUAUGCUUUUCCUGCAGGAGACCCACUAGCGGCAGGUUGAACAGUAAAAUCUCUGAGCAUAUCUCGGCCUCCGUAACUCCUCUCCAUGUUUGUCUGGAAGAACAAAGAAGACCAGAACUGGGCUCAUGUGACGCCUCACAAGCUCACAAGCCUCAGGUUAAAAGAACCUUUGAGAAUCAAAAGACAGAAGAAGAGAUUCCCGAGGAGGUGGCGGAAAGUGAUUCGAUCGAAGUCGAAGCAGGAGAGUUAAGACAAAGCCAGCCGAGUAUGGCCAAUACUAUCAGCAACAUGAAAAUGACUAAUCCCAUAAAGGGACUAGUUAGCAAACGCCGUAAACGUUUCACAGAAGAUGGUUUUAAUCUUGAUCUCACAUAUAUAAAAGCGAAUUUAAUAGCGAUGGGUUUUGCUGCUGAGAAACUGGAUAAACUACUGGAAUCGAAGCAUAAAGAUCAUUAUAAAAUUUAUAAUCUGUGUUCUGAGAGAUCGUAUGAUUGUAAAAAGUUCAAACAGAGAGUAGCUACUUAUGCAUUUGAUGAUCACAAUCCACCAAAGUUGGAGCAGAUUAAGCCUUUCUGCGAAGACGUGCAGUCGUGGUUAUCCCAAGAUAAGGACAAUGUGGCCGCAGUUCAUUGCAAGGCGGGCAAAGGUCGGACGGGUGUAAUGGUGUGCUGCUAUUUACUUCAUAGCAAACAGUUUCCCACUGCCACAGAAGCCCUUAAUUAUUAUGGAACUAAACGGACUCACGAUAGGAAAGGCGUAACGAUACCAUCGCAGAGAAGGUAUGUGGAUUAUUAUGCUACCCUCCUCCAAGAAGGUGUCAGUUAUGAACCAGUAACAUUAUUACUGCGUAAAAUACAACUGGAUCCGGCUCCUAUUUUCAAUGGAGGUCAAGGCUGUCUGCAUUUUGUAAUCUCGGAAUCAAAUAAAAGGAUAUUUUCUGAUGAUUAUGAGGUUCGGAAAGGUACAUCUUCUAUAUGCAUCUCACUGCAACACACUGUCGCUCUAACGGGAGAUAUACGGGUGGAGUUCUAUAAUUAUAAGCCAAAAAUGAAACGAAAGGAAAAGAUGUUUCAUUUUUGGUUUAACACAUUUUUCGUCCGUGAGAAAACGAAUUCCGAAUGUGACAAUGGCGAUUUACAUGUUGAAAGAUCGGCGAGGGCAUUUAGCUGCGACGGCACAGCCAUGGAAUUACCGAUGGUUAUGUCGCAUGUGAAACCUAGAACUGGAUCAUUGGCGAGUCUCGGUCCUAUGCCGCCCACUCUCGUUUUACGGAUAGAUAAGUCAGGAUUGGAUAAAGUACACAAGGAUAAAAAUCACAAAUUAUACAGUCCGGAUUUUAAAGUGAGUCUAUUUAUGCAUAGCGUGGGCGGGAACAUAUCGCCAGCUGUGCCAGCGACGACGAACAGAGGUGGCGAUGGUGUGCAGCUGGGGAUGAGUGGUCAGGAGACACCGAGCGAGUCGAGCGAGGCGGACAGCAGCGAGUGUGACACUACCGGUGACGAGGACGGUUGGGAAUCCGGUGAGUCCUCUGCAUCCCUGGUGGUGAACCACCAACACCAUCACCCUCUUACACACAGCAGUAGCCGUACACAUGUUAGCAGUCUCCGUCCGCGAUGCAGUCUCAAGGAGACUGCCAAGGGUUUGCUGUCGCGCGGCGACAAGAAUCGAAACAGUAACAGGCAGGGCGUCUCCGGUGCGAGCGCGAAACGUUCCUCUGCACCGUUCGCUCGCUCAGCCACUCUCGACACGUAGUAGCUUAACAAACGCUUUCGGUACUUAAGAACGAUUGGCGGUGUUUCGCACCGUAACGCGUUUCGCACUUUCACGAAAUCGCGUGUCUCGCAAAGUCGCGACGUGCGCGUUCUGCUUUUCUUUUGGUUUUUUUUUCUUUGUGGACACGCAUUGGACGGCUUAGUACGCGCAAAAUGAUGACUAGAAUCCGGACAGAAAUCCGUUCUACGACAUUUUUUUGCAGUAACCUCCGCUCGUUACGUUUCUCUUUCUCUUUUUGUAUUAUCGUUCCGUUUUUCACUCUUUCUCUUUUACUC